UACAAAGCAAAAUGACGGUUGCUGCUAAUAUUAGGGGAUCAUCAGCUUCAACCUACACUAUUCCAGGUGUAAUAACGUACUGGUCGACCUCCAGUCCGUUCUUUUUGGUGGGCUGUAUCACUUACAGCAACGGAGCUCUUACAGUUCCAUCUGGUGGUUUUUACUACAUUUACAUACAACUGUACGUCAGCAAGUCCAGCGGUGUAGCGUAUCCAUACUUGCGAGCAAAUAGUGCAACAAGAGUGAUGUACAUGUGGUACCAUCUGAGUGGGGGAAACAGAGCAAAAUACAGCGGAAUUAUCCAAAGAUUAAGGAAAGGUGAUAACGUUGACGUCUAUGGAAGUGGCGAACCUUACUACAUGCAUUAUCUAUACUCGUAUUUUGGUAUGUUUAAGUUAAAUUAACGAAUCUGUAAAGCAACAAUUUGUGCAGGAAAC